AUGUCGAACACCAUGGGUAAUACGUCAUGGAGAGCCCGGCGUGGGUUACUGCGUGCUAUCGCCAAGCAGCCACCACGGAAUGGAGCUAAGAUCCAACUGCGUUGGCUGGCAGCACGAGUGGAAUGGAUGAGCCGAGCAGUGCUGAUUGGUCGAUGUGAAAAGCCGGCUAUAUCGCUCGGAGAUGAGUUCUCCAGGGAAAGGGAUGAUGAAGGAGAGUACAUUCGUGCAUGCGUACGACUGAAUGUGAAAGGAUCGUGGGAGGACCUGCAGUUGGUGAUCACUCGAUGUACAGUGGACGAUAUUCAGAAGAUUAUCAACAAGUUGAAAACCUUCUUUGAGGAGCAGCUAAAGAGCUCGAAAAUGGUGUGGGGUAUACAGGAGGACAGCUCGGCAGCGGCGAAUUCCAAAGAGCAGGCGGGCACUGCUGAGACAACGACAUCGGCGACAAAGAUUUGGCAAAAGGUACUGGACACAAUCACUCAGAUUCAAUUCAAGCAGAAGAUUCUGCCAAUACCGAAGCAUGGAGAGACAGUAGUGGGCGGAUUUGUAGGCUUAGAAGCAGGCCGUCUAUCGCUGGCAUGUAUGCAUGGAGAGAUGAAUGCACACAGCUGGGCUCUUUUCCAUUUACGCCGUCCAGGAAUUAUCUUUACGCCCGAGGCAAAGUUUUCAUACAUCGACAAGGACGAUGAUGUGAUUGGAGUAGCCUUGCGGCAGAAGCUAAUAAUCCGUUUGGGACCGCAAGAUGCGAGGCGAACAGCACCAAACAAUCCUGUUGAGGUGCCAAAUAUGAGCUGGGCUUGA